AUGCAGGAUUCAAAGUCUGAUCACAGUCUUGUGACGAAGGGUUCAGAAGACAAUGCGGCAGCCACAGCGGAGACUUCCCAGGCCAAUAAAGAUAUUCUAGAAGUUACAGCAAUGGAGCAGUCUCCGGAACAGGAUUCAUUACCUGAUGUGGAGGAGGCGGCAGAACCCCCUCCAAAAACAGAGCCAGAGCCACCACUCCCCCCAGAAUUUGACAAGUACUGGAAGGCUGUGGAAGCCAAUCCUGAGGAGUUUACAACUUGGACUUAUCUGCUGCAUUAUAUUGAACAAGAGAAUCACAUCUAUGCUGCCCGAAGAGUGUUUGACAUGUUUCUCGCUCAUUAUCCAUACUGUUACGGUUACUGGAAAAAGUAUGCUGAUCUAGAAAGACGCAAUAACAACAUCUUGGAAGCUGAUGAGGUAAUUUGA